UUACAGUUGAUUUCUGUUCAUCGAGCAAAUUGGUUAUCUAGAGAAUUUUAAAGAAAAUUCCGACGUGUUGGCCGCAUUGGCUCAAUCCCUGGCCACCUUUGUGUCGGUCUUGCGGGCCGAUUUGCGAAGAGGUUUGGAUUGCUCCGUGUCCUUAAUUCGACGGAACAUGGCAUUUUGUUGUGCUUAAUUAGGGAAAGGAGUGGAAAGGGGCGGGAGCCGGCCCAUUACACAAGUGAAAUUUUUAUCCCUUAAGAAACACACUGAAUUCAAGAAUGCGUGAAUAUAAGAUUGUUGUUCUUGGAAGUGGUGGUGUAGGAAAAUCAGCUUUAACUGUGCAAUUUGUACAGGGGAUAUUUGUAGAGAAAUAUGACCCUACUAUUGAAGACAGUUAUCGGAAACAAGUAGAAGUAGACGGUCAGCAAUGUAUGCUGGAAAUUCUUGAUACUGCGGGCACUGAACAAUUUACAGCAAUGAGAGAUUUAUAUAUGAAAAAUGGCCAAGGAUUUGUUUUGGUAUAUUCAAUCACUGCGCAGUCAACUUUCAAUGACCUACAAGAUCUGCGGGAACAGAUAUUACGGGUCAAAGAUACUGAUGAUGUACCGAUGGUGCUAGUUGGCAACAAGUGUGAUUUGGAAGAUGAAAGAGUUGUUGGAAAGGACCAAGGAGUGAAUCUUGCCCGACAAUUCAAUUGUGCCUUCAUGGAAACCUCUGCAAAAGCAAAGAUCAAUGUUAAUGAUAUAUUUUAUGACCUAGUGCGACAAAUCAACAAGAAGUCUCCAGAAAAGAAACAGAAGCAGAAGAAGAAGAGUGUUUGUGUUCUUCUUUAAGAAUCUCAGUGAACAGUUAUGAACAAAAUGGUAUGCACUGCAAGUAGCCAAGUGGGUGGCUGGGAACAGUGGUGCAGUGUGUCAAAUACCACUAUAUGCAUGGUACCCGAUAUCUGUCUCCAAUGGGAACCAAGUCAGGAAUGACGUAGGAGUGCACAAAGAAGCAUUUAUUGCUAGCAUUCUCCAAGGAGUGUUUGCUGCCUUCUUGAGGGUACUUUAUUUCUUUAUUAAUACGAUUUUAACCUGUCUCUGUCCUUUAAAUUGCACAUCACUGUCUGUUUUAUCUAAAUUUUAACUUUGAUUUUUUAGUACCACCUAAAUUUUAACAUCAUUCUCUCUGGGUAGCCUGUUUUAGCAAAAGUUGGAAACCCAUGGUGCCCUUGUGUCUUCCAUAUGUUGGGUGCCAGGAAGGGUGCCAGGAUAACAGCAUUCUCAUGCCUGGGUCCCGUACCUGCCUUCUUCCCUUAAACCAUGCAUGUCAAACUGCCAAGCUCUUUGUACAUUUGUGCAGAAUUCAUCCAUAUGUUGUAAUUAUGGUGACACAGUAUUGUUUCCUACUCCUUUCUGAUGUGUAGAAACUGUUCAUAUGUAGUACUUGUUUCUAUCAAGACUUAAUGAUGAGUGUCAAAAGUUAAUUAUUGCAUAUAUAAAUAGAAAAAUAUAUAUAUAUAAAUAUAUUACCUGUUUUUUUCUCUUUCUUUGGAGUGUCAUAUUGAUUGUUAAAAGGUAUAUGUAAUAUAACUGGCUGCUCAUCCAGUUAGCUCCUCUGAGCUGCUACUUGAUCCUCCUCUUUUUGAGACAAAAUGUUGAACAUUAAGCCCUAGGAAGUUCAUGAUAGACGAAUCAAACAACACUAUUUUGAUACCUCUAUCAUGUGAACUUUUAAGUUUGCUUUUAUCCUUGUCCACCAUGGAAGUGUUCUGUAAUUUUUUUUUUCUUAGUUUACUGAAAUUUAGAGUGAUGAUAUUUGUACAUGUGGCAUGGCACUGAUCGUGUUAUUGUCUUAUUUUUAACCUAAAAGCUGGCUUAUGAGAUUUGUGUAUGUUUCAUUUUUUUGUUGAUUUCCAGUUUUGUUUCUGUGGUGCGGAAAUUUUGUCUUUUAGAUGCAGCCCUGCCUUGAAUUUUCCUGAGGAAAAGUAUUUUCUAGAUAAUGACUUCUGUGUUAACUAAUUGUAUUAGUCUUUGAAGUUUAUGAGCAAAGCAAGUUUGGACUAUGGUACUUGCAACUAAUUCAAAACAAAAUUUUAUGAUAAAUUUUGAUUUAAUGUUUGAAAUUUUCAGUCUGAUAAUUGCUGACCUGUUUUUAAAUAUUUUUUAUCAUUGAUGCCAACAGAAAACUGAUAGUUUUACAGCAGCCAAGUAUAGAGCAGAAAUUUUGAAGUGAGAUUACAUAUCAGUGUCACUCAAUAUUUUCUUCAGAGAAAACAGUUUCAUUUUCAGGCAAUAGACCUGUUUUGAAUUUGGCAUUAAGAUUCAACAAUUUUAAUUCAGUACCUGUAUCAUAGGGUUGUUUCUUCUGCUUAGCUCUUUUUAUGGAAUCCUUCAUGAUUAAUUUUUACUUUUAAGAUGCCCUUCCUUCUGUUUUUGUUUUCUCCCUCCGGGAUUUGUUCCUUCCUGUAGCUUUGUGAAAUGACUGGCUUAUGUGUCUUCCGCAGGGUCUGUCAAUGGGUUUUCAUAGAAUGCCAAUCCCAUUUUAUUUAUUAUGUGUAUGUGUCAAGUCAUUAUGUGGUUUUCAGUUCAUUGUUAACAGGCAAAAUGGAGUUGGCAUUCUUGUUUCCCAAUACGGAACAAGCAGUCCCUGUGCCUUACCUUGCCAGUCGCAAAGGGCUCAGAACAGGAAAAUUUAGUAUGUGCUAAUAAAUGUUAAUUUAUGGGUCACCAAAGUCUGUAAAUGAAACUGUUAUUUUGGAGAUGAGCAUAUUUCUGUUACACUACAUAUUCAGCAUUAGUGCUUGGAUUGUUAUGAUUUGUUUUAGCACCUUACUGAAGCCACUGUAAGUUAAAUUUGACACCUUUAAUUUUGCUUGUUAACUUCAUUCAAGAUGAAUUCCUUGUUAAGAUGCAUGUUUACUCUGUAAUAAAAAUCCUAUAGUUUUUCACUUUCAUGUCAAGUUGGUGCUGUUUUUUGGAUCAAUUUUCAGCAUGAUAUAGCACAAAGGUUCUGUUUAUAUAUAGAAUCAUCUGUAAUCAAUUUCUGGUGAAUUAAGUAAUGUCCCAAUCAUCUAUUGACUCUGUUCUUUAAUGAGCUCUUGAAUAGUUUAAAAGUUAGUGUCUGAUAAACAAUCUCCACCUUCUGUUGUGAAAAAAAUUAAAAAUGUUACAAACUUUA